UAUGAACUAAGCUGUAUUUUAAUUUAAUCCCGUCGAGUGACUAGGCGGUGGCGAGGCGGAAGGGAGACGCCAGACACUUGGUAGUCGCGGUUCUUCUGCUGGCAAAUAUUUAUUCCAAUCUGCGGCUGCUGAGGCACGGGACAUCAAUGCCAGAGAAGCUGCAGAUGUAGUGAGGGUGUGGCCAGCCAGCCAGUCAACCUACUCGUCAGCUGGGGAAGGUGCCUCCCAAGAGUCUCUUCGAGUCCAGGGACCACCUGCCUGGUGCCCAGGGCACGACAGGGGCAGAGGCCCAUUCCUGCCCAUCACCACGGCCUGCCACACCACUGGCUCCUGGCACACCCAGGGGCUCAACCAGCCAGUGCCAGUGUCUAGGCUGUGCUGGUUCUAGCUGGGCCGGUGGGUAAGGACUGAAGAACACAAGUCUACUGCAUCUGCUCCAUAUGCUGCUGCUACUCUCUUCAUCCUCCCCUACAGAGUGCCAAGGAAGGCACCCUCAUCACUGCUGAAUUGUGUAUCAACUCGUGGACUUCUUCAGUAUGUCCAGUCGUUAUAGCCGGCCCCAUACCCCUCCCGGACCCCCGCCCAGUCAGGGGUCCCGCAAGUCAUCAGUGCGCAAGAUUCCCUCUUCAUCAGUGUCCUCCAAAGCUCCACCCUCCAGAUCCUAUGAUGACCACCACACCUAUGACAAAACAUAUGCCAAGUCCUCCUCCUCCUCCUACCCUCCACCUAAAGCUUACUCUGACGACAAGUACAAAAGUUCCUCUGUGCGCAAAGUGGGCAGUGAGAAAGUGCCAAACAACAGUAACAGUAGCAGUGGUGGCAAUAAGUACUCCAGUAAAGGUGACACCUACGGCAGUGAGAGUAGCAGGGAAUACAAAGGCACUAGAGAGGUGCAUUAUCCAAGUGGAGACAGGUACAACAACAAGGACUCACACCUCCACCACCACACAUUUUUGGGCUCCUCAUAUCCUGGAGAGAAGACCAGGUACCCUGACAAAUAUCUCACUGGUUCCUCUCCUCCUCCUCCACCCUAUGCAGACACCAAAUAUGUAGGCAAGAAAUACGCAGACGACUACGAUCCUUAUCCUCCAGAAAAGUCUUCAGGACGGUACUCUUCCUCCACUUCCAUGCGUCAUGAAGGAAGUGCUUACUACUCCUCGAGCUCUCUAGCAUCCUAUAGUCCCUUCACCUCAUACAAUUCAUAUGGGGCUUAUGGAAGCAGCUAUAGAAGUAGAGGAGGUACAGGAAGCUAUGGGAGUGCAGACAAGUUGAACUAUGAGUCUGAAAAGUUGACUCCUACCAGUUACAACAGCUUGGACAAAAUGAGCCAAGUUCCCCUUCAUCCAAGGGACAAGCUUUCAUCAGGAGGCUACUCAGACACCAAGUUGGGUCCCAGGAGCAGACUGUACCCAGAGGACAACCGACGAGCCUACAGAGACUACACAUCUCCACCUGCAUGUUCCACCAGCAGGUCCCCCUUACGUGGCGUUACCAGUGGCUCGUAUGGCAACUAUGGCCACUACUCACCUCCACGCUCUCCACAACGACAGUACCUCAACAGAUAUGUGAUUGGGGACAGUGUAGUGUAUGGUCCACCUGGCCACUACCCAAGAGACCUUCGCUCCACCUCACCUAGGAUCAGGCCCCCCUCCCCGCCCUCGCCGCAGCCUCUCAUGCCACGCAGCUAUGCCCGGUAUCCUGCCAGUCCAAGAAGGUAUCCAUCGGGCAGUAACAGAAGGACUCCGCCGGCCUCCUCUUCUCAGUACCGCUCACCUUCACCAGCUGCCAGGAGAGCUGCUUCACCCCGGCGCCCCCCAUCACCACCUCCAAGGCGACCCCCCUCCCCGCGGAGCCCCCAGCUCAGAGCAUCAUACAGAGGGAGCCGAGAACAGAGCUUUGAACGGGCCAGGUCCAAGGACAGGUAUGUGAGUAAGGGGAGUGCAGUGAGGAGCCCAACACGCGACACCAGGGCACCAACCAUCAGCCGGAGCGAACUGAACAACAGAGGAGAAAGAGACAAGAGAAAGGAACCAGAGCGAAGAUUAGCCAGCUCACGAGAGAAGACACACGACGUCGAGUCUUCCAAGCGAGCCCGAACAGGAGAACGAAACUCUGAGUACCACUACAGCAGCUCCCGGGGCUGGGGAUCCAAAGAAACCGCCACUACCUCCAGUAACCACCUGUCCUCCACCCAGAAGGACAGACGACCCCGCACUCCACCUCCUGCCUCCAGGAGCAGUGUGAGAAGCACAGAUCUAACCAGGGACAGGAGGAGGGAAGACAGCAGAGAGAGGGAUAAAAGCAGAAGGAUAGAGGACCGACUUGGACCUUCACCUUCACAGACAUCCCGCAGGAGUCCGACACUCAGGCCUCGAGCCACACGAAGGGCAGGAUCUCCUAGGGACAAGAGAAGCAGUAGCCGGCGCCAUACAGACCUGCGGCUGUGGAUAGAGUCCCGUAAGUCUGAGGGAGGGAAGCGGCUAGCAUCCCCAAGCAGCAGGGCACGGCCAGUGAGUAAGAGGGUGGCCCGUUCAAGUGAGAGGUCCACUGUCACCAAGAGAGCACGCCUCGGUGACCCCAAAAGGAGGCUUGGUGGCUACAAGACACGCAGGAGAGCUCUCCCUCUGAAGCGGAACAAGAUUUUAAAAAAGUACCAGCGACUGACAGCCAAGAGAGGAGCCAACAAGGCCAGCAGCAGCUCAGCCAAGCUCAGCAGCCGAGAGAAUGGAGGCAGCCGUGGUGAUGGAGGUGAGGAGGCCAGCAAGAGCAGGGAGGAUGGUGGUGGCGGCGGUGACGGGCCCAGACCCCCUGGCAGCUCUGCCACCAUCCGGCGUGUGAUCAAGAAGCCAAAGGUGCUGAGUCUGGUGAAUCGCAUGGUGCUCAAGCCUCGGGUCAUCAGGAAGCCAACACAAAAGUUACUGAAGGAUCCCAAGGAGGAAAUGAAGGCCAAGGAUAAGACACCAUCUGAAGGCCAGCAGAGCACAAGGGACAUCAACAAAUCUGAUGAAAAACAGAGUACAUCUUCCUCCAGUGCUGCCAAUGCCACAGCCAACUCCACCAAUGCUUCAUCCAUCUCCAAUACACCAGCAGCUACCACCACCACCACCUCUGCCUAUGAAUCCAGCAGCAAACGCUCCUCACGGUCCACUGCUGCUCCCACAAACACCACCACUACCACCACCACUUCCUCGUCCUAAUAUUUCCAACAAGACUGAGUCAUACAUUCUGGCAAUAACUUCUUUGUGAUACAUCGCCAAGUCCUCUUCCUCUGUUAAGGCUUUUUUUGGGUUGUUUACUUUCUUUUUAUGUUGUAGCCAUUGGGGUUGAAAGAGUUGGGGUUUAUCAGGUGUUGGCCAGGACAGUGGUGGUGAUGGUGGUGAAUGGUGGAGGAAGGCAAGGCUAGUGAUGAAAAUUAAUUGUUUAGAAUGGAGUUGGAGUAAGUAAGCAGUGCUGUUACCUCAUUGUGUUGGUGUUACUAGCAGAUAAGCUCAUGAGUAGGACAGCACUGACCUGUGCUGGGCAGGGUCUUCCCAGUGUGGUGUUUCUUAUUGUUAGGUAGGCAUUCAUUCAUACUUAAAGGAGUGUUAGUUGUGGUGCUGCCUCACACACACACACACACACACACACACACACACACACACACACACACACACACACACACACACACAGGACAAGACUGGACAAUAAUCCGUGAUAUUAGAAUUAAUGCCAACAUUGUUUUUUUCCACUACAACAAAGUAGGUUUUCACGUCAGUGCAGAACACGGACCACUGAGGGGUGGGGUAGCCAUGCCAGAAGUUGGGCUACACAGUAGAGAGUGAAGCAGUUUAGGCUGUGAUAAGUGAUGCAUGACAACUGUUAACGUUGCCAAAGGGUGUGGAAGGGGAAGGGGGAAACAGGUUGUGCCUUCAGUUCCCGGUUCAUUUGCAUUUGUAAAAGCUUGCCUGCCCUCCACCUUGAUAACCACCUGUUACAUGAAGGUUCUCUGGGGGAACAGUUCAGAAAAGGAGAGGCCAUAUAUGUAUUUAUUACACUUGUAAUUAGUUCUCAGGAUGAAAAGCUUUGAUAAUUUUCAGUUGGAAAGAGUUUACUUGGUGAAUCAUGUAUAAAACCAUAUAUCAUGUAUAUUGAUUUUUGUUAGAGUAAAGUGAUGACCUAAA